UAUAUAUAUUUAUUUGUUUUUUUUUAAUAAAUUGUAAUAGCUUAAGAAAGAAGAGAGAAGGGAGAAAGUGUUAGGACAAUACGGCUGUCCAUCCAUAGAAGCUGAAAGAAGACAAUUCCGAUCAUCUGCUUUGUCAGUAGUGUCUCUUCAAUUCUGAUGAGUCCGCGGCCACCGUACGCUUGAUUUUCCACAACGGGCGGCUGGGGCCUAUCUUAAAUGUCUAUCGUUGAGGGCCCUCCUACUCUUGCCGCCGCCGAUCAUAAUCACCACCACCCCAACCACAAUCACAACCGUGUAUCGUCGAAACGGAAGUUGGACGAAUAUGGUGGGCCCAACUUCGAAGACGACGAUGAUCACGAAGGGGAAGGAGACGUCGUUUUCUCGGACCUAGUUUCUGUAAGAAUGAGAAGAGAUGAGCGUAACGCCUUCCAUUCCUCGGGGGACUGUGGAGCCGGUGGCGGUGGCGGUGGUGGCGGUCCAUCCUCUGAGCAACUCGAUUCGAGGGUUUCUGAUGCCCAAUCGGCUUCCUCAUCUUCCUAUGGUCUUAGCUCAACUCGCUUUGGGUUGACUCGCUCCCCUUCUAGGUUGCAAUUCUUCAUCAGGAUGAUCUCCGAGGGCAAGAAUUUGGUAAUAACUGCCGAUGCCGACGAUACUGUGAAAUCGCUACACGAUCGGAUUCUGUCUAUCACUGGGAUUCCUCUGAGCGACCAGAGACUCAUUUACAGAGGGAAGCUGCUUCAGUGGGAGCAGUCACUGGCUGAGUGUUCGAUUCAAAACGACGCCGGAUUGCAACUCGUGGGUCGCAUGCGCAGCACGGUUCAUCCCCACGCUUGGCAACUGAUUGACGACAUGAUUUCGAUGGUUUGUCGGCUCUGUAGAGGGGAAAUGAUUCCUUCAGCACUGAAAGACAUCAAGAACUGUAUGAACGAGUACUUCAACAUGACUGGCAAGGAAGGCCAACGCGACGCCGGUGAACACCUCAAGAUAUUCAUGUCUUCUUCGGCACCUGCGGCUUUGGUUAUGCUCUAUGCUUCGUCCAUAAAGGGUAAUAAAGAGUAUGGUGACAAUUCCAUUAAGCUUUUCUUAACUUUGAUUCGUACUUCAUUGGCAAAAGCAUUGCAUAAUCAAUGUGCACCUAUAUUGUUAGAGUUUUGUAAGUUGCUUAGGAGAGUUGGACAAGAGGACCCUUUGUAUGUCGCUUGCAGAAGUGCUUUAGGGUCCUUGUUGGAGAAUUUUGUUACUUCAAAUACUGGGUCUGUAUGCGCGGACAAUGUUGGUGAAUUGAUUGGGGUACAAGAUCUUUUCCCUUUUGUCAGUGAGCUGGCUGACAGAUUGUGGGUAGAUUUGUGUUCAAAUAUGGAGUUGCCAAACUCUGGACCGAUGGUAAGUGAUGCUCGUGAUUUUAGCGCGUUCUUGCUCCCCCUGCGUACUGUGAUAGGCCAGAAAGUCAAUUUCAAUGGUAAAAUUUGUGAAGGGGAUUUUAAACAUCCGUUGUAUGGACAAGAGAUUAAGUAUCUAAGGGAUAUGUUUAACAAGUUGCUAAGUGGGAUGGACGAGUGUCUUUUCGGAAUGGAAGAGCAUUUAGCUGAGACUGAUGGUGAUGCAAGUCUUACUAGAUGGUCUCAGUGUCUUUCCAUUUUGAAGGAUCUAUAUAGCAUUUCUGAAUUAUAUGAUGGUGCUGAAGAAGAAUUUUGGAUAGUGUUGAUGCAAAGAAAGUAUUCACUUCGUGCGCUAAUCAUCAAAUAUGCAAAGCGAACUGAUGAUCAUCAGUGGAUUCUUAGUCACAAGGAUGUGCUUGAUUUUGAAUCAAGAAGGCAUUUGGCUAUGAUGAUGUUCCCCGAGGUAAAAGAAGAUUACGAGGAACUGCAUGAGAUGCUCAUUGACAGAUCUCAACUGUUGGCAGAAUCUUUCGAGUAUAUAUUAAAGACUGAACCUCAGUCAUUACAUGGAGGUCUGUUCAUGGAAUUCAAAAAUGAGGAAGCCACAGGUCCAGGUGUACUGAGGGAGUGGUUCUUUUUAGUAUGCCAAGCUAUAUUUAAUCCAGAAAAUGCACUAUUUGUAGCUUGCCCCAAUGAUUGUAGAAGGUUUUAUCCUAAUCCUGCUUCAAAAGUUGAUCCAUUGCACCCUGAAUAUUUUCAAUUUGCCGGUCGGGUGAUCGCAUUGGCUUUGAUGCAUAAAGUGCAAGUAGGCAUAGUAUUUGACAGUGUUUUUUUUCAGCAAUUAGCUGGAAAUUCCCAAAUCACUCUGGAAGACAUACGUGAAGCCGAUCCAUGCUUGUAUAAUAGCUGUAAACAGAUACUUGAGAUGGAUGCAGAGUUUAUUGAUUCAGAUGCCUUAGGGUUAACUUUUGCUAGAGAAGUUGAGGAGUUAGGAUCCAGGAGAGUGGAGGAGCUCUGUGAUGAUGGAAAAAGUAUUAUUGUUAACAGCCAAAAUAGGGAGGAGUAUGUUAACCUUCUCAUUGAGCAUCAAUUUGUCAAAUCCAUCUCUCAUCCAGUGUCACGCUUCAAGAAAGGCUUUGCUGAUAUGCUUUGUAAUACAGAACAUCAGGAGUUCUUUUUUCAAAGUUUAGAGCUUGAAGAUCUUGAUUUGAUGCUACAUGGAAGUGAAAAUGCUAUUAGUGUUGAAGAUUGGAAAGCUCACACAGAGUAUAACGGUUACAAAGAGAAUGAUCCUCAGAUAAUCUGGUUCUGGAAGAUUGUUGAGGAAAUGUCAGCAGAACAAAGGAAGGUUCUUCUCUUCUUUUGGACGUCUAUGAAGUAUCUUCCAGUUGAGGGUUUUCGUGGUUUAUCUUCUCGGCUUUACAUUUACAGGUCCUCAGAGCCUCAUGUGCGCCUGCCUUCAUCUCAUACAUGUUUUUACCGGUUGUGCUUCCCCCCAUAUCCUUCUAUGGCUAUGCUGCAGGAGCGUCUUCGCAUCAUCACCCAAGAACAUUUUGGGAGUAGCUUUGGUACAUGGUAAUAAUAAUAGGUAUCUAUCCUGCAUUUAAAGUUAAAAAGAAAAAUUGUGAUUGCACAUAAAAGAAUUGAACUCAGCUUGUACAGAUUGUAGGAUUAGUAUCAUUAUCUUAUCAGUAGUCUGUGUAAGAAAUAUGCUCUAGUCCUCAAGUUCUCUAUAUUCAGGGAGGUCUUGUCAUUGCUCCUUUUUUGUCUGUAUUAUUUAUAAAGGUAUAAUAGUGUAGUAUAUAUAAUAUCAUAUAUAAUAUAAUCUAUAUAAAAAAAAAAUAAAGUAGGGAAGGAAAGAAGGAAAGUUUCUUCUCUGCUUUAAUAGACCUCCCUUGUAAGUUGUAAUAUUUCUUGGGUUUUUAUGUCUUGUAAGUUGUAAGUACACAUAUCGUGCAAUGACAGGCCAUUUCUUCAGACCAACUAUAUUUGUUAUUCUGUUCUUAAUCAACUACAUUCACGCACAUAUGGCAGGAAUUGAGACAUUGUUCCUGAAUAUUUGAGAAAAUGUGAAAAAGAAGGGCAGGCCUAAUUCUUCAUCAUAAUUCAAAAAUCAUUUGAAGAUAUACAUAUUUCCUUAGUAUGGCCUUAUAGUCAAUAUUGAUUAUUCUUUCCUGAAUUGGUGAUGGAGGCGGGAAUGAAUGGUGUUCACUUGUCUGUUGGAUUAGAGAAUAGGGUAAUGGACAUGAUUGCAACUGUUUAUUUAUUCAACAAGAAUUUGGACUCAUGAGAUCAGGAGAUUCUCAUUCCUAUUGCUCCUUUAAUUAUAAAUAAAAUUUUGAAAUAUAAUAUUAAUGAUCAUGACUAAGAAGAUCAGGGAAAUAAUAAUUUUAAAUAUAGAAAUUUAAUUAUACAUUUUUUUUGUUUUUAAAAUAAAAAUGUAUUUGGUUACUUUAAUUUUGUACCAAAAGAGAAAAAAUAAGGUGGUGAGAAAAAAUUAUGAAGAUAUUGAUAGAGGUAUAAAAGAAAUUAUAAUUAAACGAAAAUUGUUGAAAUAAAUUUUAGAAGUAACUAAAUUUUGUUGUUAAAUUUUAAAAGAUUAAAAAUGAAAAAUGUUUAAAUUUUUCUGAAAAAAAUAAUUAAAUUUAAAUGUACUAUAAAAUUGUUGUUAAAAGAUAAAAACUGAGAAAUGUUUAAAUUUAAACGUACACUAAAAUUGUAAAUUUAAGAUGAAAGUUAAAAAUGGAGGAAAAGCUGCUCCAAUGCUACUCUAAUUGCUUUACAUACAAAUUAAACUUUUUACCUUAAUAAUUUGGUAUCAUAGAUAGUGGAAGGUAUGUUUAAAUUAAAGAUAGUGGAAGGUAAAACUAAAAUAAUUGAUUUGUGCCGUUUAUUAGGGAAGUGAUGUCCAAACUAGCAAAUAGUAAAUUGUAUAGCAGAAAAAAACUAAUGUGACAAAAAUAAAGAAAUAGUAUCCAUUUAUUCAAAACCAAAGAAAAUCACACCAUAUCAAACUCAUGACUACUCUUUCUGAAACAAAGAUCCAUACUCAUCACCCAACCUAUAUAGACCUCACACACUCCUUCAGAGGUUUCAUAAUAGAGCAUGCAUUUUCCUAAUUCAUGAUAAGGGGUUUCUAAUUCGUACACCACUGUCACCAAUCCAUUACUCUCUUUUUUUUAAGCAUAUAUUUACUCAUCCGAUAAAAGUGCUCCUAAUAAUAAAUAAAUAACUGCAGCUUCCAAACUCUAAACCCCAUAUCCAAUGCCAUCAUAUAGUAAACUAGUAAUAAAUAAAAGAAGAGAAAAAUAUGACCACCCAAGACUUUUGACACAUAUAUAAAUAUAUCUAUUUAUCUAUGCAUCUUCCUUCUCAACUGGAACUUCAGUGGACUCCUCCACUGGGGUCUCAACCACAGCAGGGGUAGCUUCCUCUUCCACGGCUGCUACAGGGGUGGCGGCGGCGGCGGCUUCUGGCUCGGCUUCUUUGGCUUCUUCCUCAACGGCUUCUUCUUGUGCCUCCUCUGUGGACUUGGGUUCCUCCUCUGCUGGCUUGGGUUCUUCCUUUACAGGCUCUGCCUCUUUGGUCUCAACAACUACCUCUUUCUCAUCAGCUGGAGCUUGGUCAAGGGUCUCUGUGGCUUCUUCUUCCUUCUUCUCUUCUUCUUCUACUUCUGGCUCUGGUACUACUACUACUUCAGUGGUCUCAGCUGCCA